UAAAAAUCCAGAGAGGAAAGCGUCUUGAUUUUUGGCUGAAACGGUGAAAAAUGAAUUAGACCCUUCAAGAAAUAAAAUUUUUUUAAAAAUAGAAAAGCAAUAUCACAAGAGGCAUUUUUCAUUUUAGAAACCCAUCUUGACCGUCCAAUCCGACAGGCAAACCAUGCGGUCCACGUGGCACACCUCCUCCGUCACGUCCCCAGCUCUCUGCAUAUAUACAACAGAGAUACAAGAGAGAAGAACCAGAAAGAGAGUAGGAUGGGUUCUUCUUCAGUGAAUGGAAUGAUGCUGUGGGAGAAUGAAGGAAAAGAGGCCAUCAAUGUUUUUAGGUUGUCUGAUGUUAAAUCAUUAGACAAAUUGGAUUUAGAGAGCUGGAUGGAAUGGAAAAGUAGCUUGCAGCUCAUACUUGCUCUGAUGGACUUGGAGCUUGCUCUCUAUGAAGCCAAACCCCCCAUGCCUACCGUGAAUAGCUCCCCUGAAGAUAGAGCAAAGUAUGAAAAAUGGGAGAGGAGUAACCGGCUAAGCCUCAUGAUCAUGAAGCACAAAAUUUCUAGUAGCAUUCGCAGUCUAGUACCCGGGUCGGGCACUGCUAGACAAUACUUGGCUCGUCUUGAAGUCAUGUUCAUACGCAUUGCGAAGGCCGAUGCAGCUCCGUUACUAAACAAGUUAGCAAACAUGAAAUAUGAUGGCCAAGGGAAUGUGCGUGAUCACAUUGCCAACAUGUCGGGUUUGGCUGCGAGGGUUAAGGCUGGAGGUAUCGAUAUUCCUGAAUGUUUCGUUGUGCAACUUGUCCUGGAUUCUCUUCCUCCUCAAUAUGAACGGUUCCAAGCUUCAUAUAAAGUGAAUUGGGGACUAGAGGAACUUUUGUGUAUGUGUGGGCAAGAGGAGGAAUUCGUUCGGCUUGAAAAUUCUGAAAGGAAGAUCUCUGCUAUUCCGGGUCUUGGUCCAAAUAAUGAAAAGAAGUAUAGCUUUCUUUUCACUCGAUGAUCACCUGCUUGAAAAGAAGGACUAGUGUCCGGGGAACAAGGUGGUGGACAUAAGGUUAUCAUGAGAGCUAUGGAAGGCAAGUUUUUUUGUUAAGGGUUUACUAGAUUCUAUAAUGAUACUUGAUACACUUUGAAUUAGAAUAUAUGGGGGUUUCAGCUUUUUGGUGAAAGCCUUACUUUCCUUGCA